GUGUGUGUGUGCAUGUCUGUCACUGUGUGUGUGUGUGCAUGUCUGUCACUGUGUCUCUGUGUGUGAGUGUGUGUGUGUGUGCCUGCCUGUCUGUCUCUCUGUGUGUGUGUGUGUGUGUGUGUGUGUGUGUGUGUGCCUGCCUGUCUGUCUCUCUGUGUGUGUGUGUGUGUGCCUGCCUGUCUGUCUGUGUGUGUGUGUGUGUGUGUGUGCAUGUCUGUCACUGUGUGUGUGUGUGUGUUUGUCUGUCACUGUGUGUGUCAGUGAGUCAACUUUUCAAUGCUGCAGCGCUCAGUGAGUUUCUCAAUGCAGCUGUACACAAACACUUAGAAAUUGCACUGCACUCUGUGUUCAGCUCACAACAAGACAGGAUCUGUUACAAUGACCUGGCGUCUGAAUAUUUUGGCCUACGUGGUCUUUGUCUCAAUUCAGUCUCAUGGCUUCAACAUUGAAACAGAGAACAGCAAAGUGAUCACGGAGAGAGCGCAGUGGUUCGGACACAAAGUGUUACAGCACCCCUCAGGAAUUAUUGUGAGUGCUCCCCUUGAGAAGAACAGGAACCUCUUCAAAUGCAGCUAUGCCAGCGGCUCCUGUUCUCCAAUUAAUAUUGAUGGAAUAACUCCAAUAGAGGAUUCGGGAAUGGGUCUAUCCAUGACAAUUAACCCCACAACGAAACAGCUUUUGGCUUGCGCCCCACACUUAGUGCACUCUUGUGGUAAAAACAUGUAUCUCAACGGGGUGUGUUACAAAUUUGACGACAGUUUCCGCACCCCCCCCUCACAGAACAUUACCCCGGGAUACCAAGGUAAAGCAGCCCAGGUCCGCUCUCAUGAACCUGGGUACCACUUUCCAUUAAGUCUCUAAUUACUGUGUAGUUAGGAUUAGGGUUAGGAUUGGGGUUAGGGUUAAAGCAUGCAAAAAUAUGAUAUAUCUAGAUAGAUAGAUAGAGAGAUAGCUAGAGAGAGAAAUAGAGAUAGAUAGAGAGAUAGAUAGAUAAAUAGAUAUAGAGAUAGAGAGAGAGAUAGAGAGACAGAU